CAAAAAGACAUAACCAAAAUGCUUUCCCUCCUUAUCACAGGAGGACAGCCCAUUACCACGAGGGCUUUCCAGCGUUCCGUCCAUGGAGCAUUGGGCCGUUCGGUGGCGGCGAUCCAUCGACCACUCCUCGCGCGACCGCUAACAAACCGAGCGACAUCGAAUGGCGUGUUGGCGGCGUUGAAAACUUCAAAUUCGGCUCAUCAAAGAGGUCUUCAGACUGAAAAAAGAUCUCGAAAUGCUAUCCAUUUGGGAUUACGGUUACCAAUCGUCAAGAGGAGCUUGCACAGCUCUCGAAUCUCGCGAAAUACCCUUAAACCCAACAUUCCCCCCAUUCCACCCACUCGUCUAUUCAACCUCCAUCGUCGUCUUCGCAGACUCCGAAAUUUUCUCAUUCUCCUCUCCUUGCUCUCUAUACUCUAUUACACAUAUCCCCCAUUUCGCCAUACAGCUAUCGCUGUCAUCCGUUGCGCGAGGGUGAUGAAAGCGGUCUCUAUCGAUGUAUGGGACUACAAGCAGGUUUUUGCUGCCGAAGAACGCUUAAGAGCUACAGGCAGGGAGCUCACGGAUGAGGAGAUCGAAAUGAAGAGAAAGACUAGAAGAGCGUGUCACAAACGCAGUGCCGAGAGAUUGUUGGAGGCACUUAAGAAGAAUUCGGGUAUUUACGUGAAACUGGGGCAACAUGUUGCUGCUGUACAAGUUUUACCGAAAGAAUGGACAGAGACGAUGAGGCCAUUACAGGAUCAGUGUUUCCCGACGCCUGUUCAGAGAACGGAUGAGAUGUUACGUGAUGAUCUGGGGAUGGGGAUCGAUGACAUUUUUACGGACUUCGAGCCCAACCCUAUCGGAGUUGCCUCCCUUGCUCAAGUUCACCGUGCAGUUGAUAAGCGCACAGGUCGGGCGGUAGCCGUCAAAGUCCAACAUGCGGAUUUACAAGAAUUUGCCGCUGUGGACAUGGCCACGGUCAAUUUUGCGAUCCAUUUUGUGAAAUACAUCUUCCCCGAUUUUGAAUUCAGUUGGUUAGGGGAGGAGAUGAACGAGAUGUUGCCACUGGAGAUGGACUUCAGGCAUGAAGCCGCCAACUCGGCCAGGUGCAUGGGUGACUUUUUACACCUCAAAGGGAAGACUAGUCUCUAUCUUCCCGAAGUUUUCUGGGCGGAGAGAAGGUGUAUGGUUAUGGAAUUUAUCGACGGCGGACGAGUGGAUGAUUUGAUGUACCUCAAAAAACACAAGAUUGACCGUAAUCAAGUAUCCCAAGAACUCGCUAGGAUUUUCAGCCAGAUGGUGUAUAUCAAUGGCUAUUUUCACGCCGACCCUCACCAUGGAAAUCUUCUGAUUCGACCAAAAGCUUCAGGUUCCACAUCGCCUUUCAACUUUGACGUCUGUCUCCUCGAUCAUGGGCAGUACUUCGACGUACCUGAUGACCUCCGAGUGAAUUAUGCCCACUUUUGGUUAUCUCUUAUCAAAUCCACGUCCAAAAAGACAAUUGCCGAAAGGCGGCAUUAUGCGAGACUUGUAGGGAACAUUGACGACGAUAUGUACCCGAUAUUGGAAUCCGCCAUUACCGGCCAAAUCAAUAUGGCCGAUGAAAGCAACACUCACGAUUCAGCUAACGAUCCUCGACCCACUUCGUUACUUGAUUCCAAGACAUUUGACAAGGAUCAGAUCAGAAAGUUAAGGACUGCUAUGUUGGAAAGGGAGGGAUUGAUUGCUUCCAUCUUUGAACUCUUACGAAUAGUACCUAGGCGUAUGUUGAUGAUUCUCAAAUUGUCAGACUUGCAACGGUCACUGGACCAGAGUCUUGUUACCACCCAUGGACAAAGCCGAGUCUUUGUUAUUGUUGCUCGCUACUGUGCCAAGGCUGUCUGGCAAGCCGACUAUGCCAACUUCCGCAAAUCCCUCUCUACCCAGGGCUUUUCUCUGAACUUGUUCAAAAGCUUUAUCAGCUCAUUCUUCGAUUACGCGUAUUGGAAUACCACACUGGGUUUAGUGGAGCUUGGGUUGGAUGCUCGAGCGAGGUCCAUCAAGAUUGCGCUAUGGUUCGAUGGUUUAGUGAAGGGCGGUCUGAAAGCGGCUGAGGCUGAGAUGGCGGGUUUAUCGUUAAAUGGUGCGAUACCUGCGACAGUAUAGAGAGGGUUUGAUCCGAAGAGAGUUGCAGUGUCGGAGAUUUUUUUUGGGUUGUCAUAGAUAUUUAAGCAUCGUUUUGUUGCAUGUCAUGGUAUCGA